AUGUAUUAAUAAGGGGACGUCUAUUAAGAUGAGAUAUUUCUUGAUGAUGAUGAAGUUUAUUAAAAAGAUGAAGAACCAUCAAUAUUUGAAAUAGUUUAUUAAGAAGUGGGGUGUAUUUUACUCAAAUACACCAACCUAAACCAUAUAACAUGUCCAAAUACUCUUCAUUAUAUUACCUUAAAUUUCAAUAAUAAUGAACCAUCCUCAUUUUUCUUUCAACCUAACUACAUUUUGGUAGAACAAUUAGCAGUAAAUCCAACCCUGAAAGAUAUCGCUGAUUAACUGUAAAUCGAGGAUCUUAUUAACCAUAAUUAGAAUGAUUCUGAAUACUUUACAGACUAUUAUGAACACUUAAUAAAAGAGAUAUUCAAAACUCACUUGAAUUAAGUUUAAGAAAUAUUUUUAAGAUAAUUAGAAUUGCUUUAAGAAUAAAUAAAUAACCCUUAAAUUAAUCAAGAACUUCAAUCAAUAUUUUAAGAUAAGUAGUUUUAAUUUCCAUAAAAUUUAGAUUUGAAAAAUUCAGAAUAACCUGAAAAUUAAAUCAAAUAUAAACUCUUUGAAUCAAUCUAAUUACUGUAAUCUAACUAUUUAAAUAUCUAUCCUUAAGGAAAUAAAUCCAUUAAAAUAGAAUGCUCAGAAACUGCAUAGCAAUUAUCAGGUUAAAAAACUCAGUCAGAAGGUUUUGAUGUAACUCCAUAGGUUUAGCCAUUAGUUAUAAGUUCUUUAAAUAAAGAGAAGAUUAAGGUGAUUGUAAAUUGGUUGAUUUAAGAGAAAAUUGCAAUUCCUGAAAUCAUACUUUGUGCUGAAUUAAAAAAUAGAGGAAAUGGAAUGAACUUAACGUUUAAUCCUAAUCAAGAUAUGUUGAAUAUAUGUGCAUUUUAUUAUCACUCAUACAAUGAGGCUCAACAAAAUUAAUCAGAAACAAAAAACAUAAAGGAAGAAAAUACAGAAGAAUUAAAGUGCAAUUAAGAAUUAAAUAAUGGAAGACAAAAGAUUAAAAUAACUGAAUAUCAUCUAUUAAUAAGAAUGAUAGACUUGGUAGUUCAAUAAUAAGAAUCUCUCAAAUCAAAAAUAACUUAAUUGGUCAAAUAUCCUUAAUUAAAAAAUUAAAUAAAAAGAUUAUCAAGAAUAUAAGAAGCUGAUGCUCAUUUUAGAAUCGUUAAACAAUUUAUUGAAAAAUUGGAGACACUACUUUUGAUUUAUGAUGAGACUAAAAAGGCAGAAAUAAAAAAUGAAAUUGAAAUAAAGAAUUACGCAUAUUCAAAUUAUUAGAGUGAUAUCGAUAAUGAAAGCAAGCCUAUUAAAUGUUAAAAAAGAUAUUAUCGGUUGCUUAAACUUGUUGUAAAAUUGAUAUUAAUCGAAUCAAUAGAAUAGGAAAUACCAAUUCCAGAAAUUUUGACUUGUUUGUGGUUCAAAAAACAUAAAGAAAAAAUAGUUGAAGGUUAGAUAAUUAGUUAAAAUUCUGUUCAAAUAUUGCCUUCAAAAUAAAGGUUAAUACCUUAUUUAUAAUAAGAAAAUCGAUUGAAACCUAAAAUAGAAUAAGUAUAAUUAGAAUCUUUUUUGGAGUUACCUGAUACUGCUACUAAGGAAUUAGAGGAUUUUGAAAUUUUUUUAUAAUAAUUUCAUUUAGACAAUCAAUUUGGUAGAGAUGUUGUUCUUAUUGAAAAAAUACUAAUUGUAGUUCAGAAUUAAAAGGAUAGCAUCUAAAACCAAUUAAUUUAAGUGAUGUAGAAUUACUAGAAAAUUGAAAAAGCCAAAGAGUAAUUGAAGGACAAAUUAGUAUUGCUUCCUAAAAUAAGAACUAAUAAGACUUAAAUUAAUGAUGAGCCCAUUUUGGAAAAUAUUAUAAAAAUAAUAGAAAGCUUGUAAUUAUACACCUGUUAAAUUUAAUAGAAUAUUCCUAAUAUUGAUGUAAGAAAAGUAAGUCAUCGAUCAAAAAAAUAACUAUCAUGUACAUAAAAACAACAAAUGCCAUAGUCGAAAAAAUUAGAUAAAGAAGGUUUGAAAUUAUUUAUACUGUCUGGAUUAAUUACUUUAAUCGAUAAUGAGGUUCCUCUACCAGAAUUAAUCACAUACUUAGGAAUAAAAAAUAAAACUUAGAAAUUCAGUCUUUAAAUUAAUAAGAAUUACAGAUUAUAGGAAUAUUUAACUAAAUAAAUGGAAUUGAACAAAUUGGAAAUAACUGAUUAAGUAGAGAGUAAGUUACUUAUUAAAAAAAUAAAGGUUCAAGAUGGGGAAAAUAUUCCAAUUAUCCCAAGUAAGGAACAGAUAUCAGAACCAUAAUUGAUCAUUAGAGCUUUAAAAUCACUAACGAAUUGCCAGAUGACAAAAUAAUUAUCAGAAAUUUGGUAAAGACCAUCUGUACUUAGUUUAAAGAAUUAGGUAUAUAAAAACAGUUAAAAAAAAACAAAAAAUGACACUACUAUAGGAUAAAUAAAAAAAUUAUUUUAUAAAAUUGAUAAUAAAUAUGAUAAAUAUAAUAAUUAAUAAUAAUGA